AUGCAGAUCACUACACGUGUCAAGAGACUCUUUGUUGGCCACAAAGAACCCGAACUCACUUGUAUUUCCUCUACAGAAGCCCCGAGACUCGCCUUAACCGAUGUGGAGACGAGGAUGAACAUGGGUGCUCUUUUCAAAGACCAUCCUUCGUCCGAACUGCUACCAAAUGGCGUACCGAGGAUGCACAGUUCUCCGGUGUUGUCAACAGGCCUCAUCUCACCACCUGCAGCUUCUCCUUCCCCCGAGCCAGCAACCUGGUCAUCUGCAGUUGGACAUGCAAGCACAGGGAAAUCAGGCCGCGUUAUUGAGCGACUACAAGGCGAAAUCGACCGCCUGAACCGUGAUCUCCAGCUUCUUAAGGCACGAUUAGACGACUCAGAAAAGGCUAGAGAGACAUUGACCACGCACAAUUCAUACCUACAAGACCGCAACAGUAACUACGAGCAGUCCCAGGAAGCAAAUUUGAGACAAACGCAAAGGAAAGACAGGAUGAUUGACGAGUUAAGAGAAAAUCUGCUGAGGGAAAAGCUACGGGUAGCUGCUGCUGAACAAACGGCCAAAGAAGCCACUGCCAACGAGGAACAGUGGAGACUUGAAGCGAGUCAGUCACGCUCCCUGGCUUUUCAGAAGGAGACAGAGUAUGCUACGAUUGCCACGUGCCGGAAUUUGGAGAAUGAGCGCCAUCAAGGAUCUUUACAGCGGUUGCAGGAUAGCUUCCAAGCUCUGCUGAGGGAGCGCACAGAAGCCCAAGGGAGCUACGCCAGGCUCCAAGUCAUCGCUGAGCAGCAGAACCAGACCAUUGCCCAAUUGGAGGAACUGAACAGCAAGACCAACACCAACUUCAAAGCUUACAGGUCGGAGGUGGAUGAAGCAAUUGCCAACUUGAGAAGGCAUGUCAGCGCAAAUGAUAGUAACGUGGUUGCGAAGCUCGAGGAGAUGACUCGGGUGACCGAUCAAAUGAAGUGGGUAAUGGCGGUAGAUUGCAAUGUCAGAUGUCCAAGUUUCACCGCUCCCAAAAAUGCACCAAUUUGA